AGCAGCAGCAGCAGCGGCACUCAGCCAUACUUCGUCGUGAAAAUCUCUCCUUUCUAUGCAACAUGCUGGUUCCUGUAGAAUAUAAUGGAGUCAGCAAAUGGGUCAGGGUACCACAGGCCGAGGAGGAGUACAGUUACUCCCAGUUUUUGCAAGCAGUGCUGGCGAAAUUCAAUUUGCCAGAUUCUACUUCUUUGAGGCUGAAGGAUUCAUCUAAUGUGGAAGUGGAUUCAGACAUAUUUGAUGAACUCUUAAAGUCAUCAGGGGUGUUUUUCAAGGCAGAGGAAUGUAAUGGUAUCCCUACUGAUGUGACGUUCUUAGAGGGCUCAUCUUCAUCUGACUGGUCACCAUCACCAUCAUGUGUGUCCCAAGGGUCAUCAUCAGGUACUGACUCAACAGUGAUACUGGAAUCUACAAAGACUCGGAGAAGACAGCUGAUUGAAGGGCCCCUGGAUGGCAAUGUUGCAAGAGAUAUUGUUAGAGAUGCUCUGUGUUCAAAGGCCAGUGGGAAAGAAAUACUAGAAGAGUACAAGAAAACAAGCACCAUCAGUGAUGUUACAAGAAGGAAGAUGGUCAACAUUCUUGUGGCAGAUAUGGUGGAGUACCAUGGGAGGGUACCUCCAGUAAAUGUGCGGAACCUCUAUGCACUUGGGAUUACAACACUGUUCCCAAAAUUGAGUGACCCAGAUUCCAAGAAUGGCUAUGAACAUUUUUAUGAUCAUCAGAGUGGUUCCGGGUAUCUAGCGUGGAGGCUGAAAACUGUUCAGCGGACCUCUACUCAAGACCGCAAGAAAUCCAAGACAACUUUCCAAGAGGGCCCCAAGACUCCACGCAGUAUCCAUUCAGAUGAGAAGCAGUUGACUGGGGAUGAAUGCAAGGAAGCCAUAUCGGCGAUGAAACACUCAAGUGAUGCAAUCCUUGUCAGAAAUAAGAUGAAGGCCACAUUCCAGCACAGACAAAGAGUCAUUCAAGACCCAGAAAGUGCCUCUACUGUCCUCGACCUCUUUCCCAGAUUCUUAGAUACACCUGGCUUGAUCGACCAAGACUUCUCAAUGAUCUUUGGUGAGGAGGUGUCUGGUAAAUUCCUCUCCAAGUGGCCAACCUUUUUCAAACCGAGAGUCAUCGCAGAUUGCUGCAAGAACCUAACUCCGAGUCCGGUUGUUGAUGAGCUGCUUCUGUCUGCACAACAAGAGUCUGAUGAUGGUGUUUGGCAUUCUGAGGAGUGGGAUUCUGAGAUGGCUGCCAUCCUGCUUCUGCUUCACCUCCUGCCUCCAACAGUUAAAGGCAAGAAGAGUGGCAAGAUGAGUGCGUCGGAGGCUACUCGACGCCUGAUCAAGUUCAUGAAGGUGGGAUCAAGCAUGGAGACCUUCCUUAAAGAAACUGGCCUUAAACAGCCCUUUCUGCUCGGUGUUGGAGAAAGAAGCAGCUGCAUCCAGGACUUCUACAUCAUCCUGGACCAGAAGGCCAUUCCCUGCAGGAUGCAGACCCCAGUUGCUGCCUUUGAUGAGCUUUUCAAGGCGCAUUAUGCUUUUGCUGUGUCGUAUGAUGAUGCCCUGUCCAGCUUCUUCAUCUUCAUCCAAACCACUGUGUAUGGCAUUGACGUCGGCAAAGUGAAAGAAAGUCCCAGGGUAAAAGAAAUAAGAGCAAGACUUCUUCACUGUGAGGUUUGAAGACUGUACAUUUUGACCAGAAAUGUACACAUGUUACCUUUGUAAACUACACCACACCAGAUGUUCAAUGUUAUUUAGACAUUUGAAGUUUCAGCAUGGAUUGUAUCCCGCAAAGUCUCUGCGAUUGAACUGUGGAGAACCUGGUUGUUUUAACACUUUUUGUACGUAUUCUGGUUACCAACGUCACCUUUCUCGAGUGCAUAAAGACUGCUUUGAUCCAGAUCCUGUCACCAGUUUCGAAUUUGAGGCUGUGGCUGGACCUUCCACACCAGUGAAUGUGGAUCCUCCUGUGAAGGUUACUACACAUGUUCCUGUUGAAAAGAAACAUAUUCGGGACAUGUGCAGCUCUGUUAUUGCUCAGGUUCAAGCCUCAGGUGUUCCAGAGAGCACUGUGCAGUAUCUAGUUAAUUCAAUAGAGGAACUGGUUAAUGAUGUUCAUGCUCACGCAAAGGAAGCUGUUGUUAAUUGUUUGUCUUCUGAUGCAUCAAGAGAAACUUUGGAGAGAGUUGAGAGUUGUUUUGAUCAACUAGAAAACCCUUUUUCGUGUCUGAACACAGAAUCUAAAAGGAUGAGGCAUUUUGAAAAGAAAUGGAAUAUAGUAGAGCCUGUAGAGCAUGUUCUGGGUGUCCGUUUUGAUGUAAGAAGAGACAGAAGAACAGGCACAUAUAGGCAAGUUCCAGUCAAUGAUAAGUUCAUGUAUGUGCCUAUCCGUGGGUCUCUCUCAUCAAUGUUUAGUAACAAGGAACUCUGUAACAGUUUCAAAGAAGUAAAACCACACCAGGAGGGAUUAUACAGAGAUAUAAGUGAUGGGUCCUACUUUAAAAAUCAUAGUUUAUUUUCUCACCACGAACAUGCUCUUCAGAUCCAACUCUACUAUGAUGAAAUAGAGACGGCUAAUGCUCUAGGAUCAAAAAAGGGAGUGCACAAACUUGGAUGUGUUUAUUUUGUUUUGAGAAAUUUAUCACCAAAGCUCAAUUCUGUGUUAAUGAAUAUUCACGUUGUUGCUCUUUUUCACUCAGAGGACCUUAAGAAAUAUGGAUUUGAGCCAAUUUUGAAGCCACUUAUCGAUGAUUUAAAGAUUCUGGAGACUGAAGGAAUACAGUUGCCCUUUUUAGCUACACCUGUGAAGGGUUCAGUCAUUCAGGUCACAGGAGACAAUUUAGCUCUACAUGCACUCUUUGGUUUCGUCGAAUCAUUCAGUGCGACAUACUGCUGUAGGUUAUGUUUAACUGAAAAAAGGGAAUAUCAGUCAGUUUUCACUGAAGAUCACCCAGGUUUAACCCUACGUACAAAAGAUCUUCAUAAAGAGCAUGUUCGUGUUAUCCAGGAAAAUCCUGCUUUGAAAUCAACAUUUGGUGUCAAACGAGACUGUCCACUCAAUUCCCUCCAGUUUUUCCAUUCGUCAAACAAUUAUGCUUUGGACAUAAUGCAUGACCUGUUAGAGGGAGUGGUGCAAUAUGAGUUAAAGCUUGUGUUUCAGUAUCUGAUCAAAAAUUCAAUAUCCCUGAGUUCGUUGUCUGAAAGAAUCCAUAGCUUUAAUUAUGGGUAUACUCAAAGAAACAACAGGCCAAGUGGGCUUAAGCUUGAUGACAACAGCAAAGAUCUUGGACUCAAUGCUAUUCAGUCUUGGUGCCUUCUCCGCAAUGCCCCACUGAUAUUUGGAGAUUUGGUUGAAAGAGAGGAUACCUGUUGGCAAUUGUUACUCCUUUUAAUUCAAAUUGUUAACAUUGUGUUUUCACCCACUGUAUCUCAUGGAUUGACUUGUUAUUUGAAACAUCUCAUUUUUGAACAUCACACCCUUUUUAAAUCCAUCUUCCCAGAGCACAAUCUCAUUCCCAAACAUCACCAUAUGAUCCACUACCCCAGCGCUAUUAGAAGAAUUGGGCCACUAAUACACAUUUGGUGUAUGCGGUUUGAAGGGAAGCACAAUUUUUUUAAGAAAUCUGUAAAAAACUUCAAAAAUAUUGCUAAGACUCUAGUUAAGAAACACCAGGCUCAGUUGGCAUUUCAUUUUGAGAACUUUACUUUUCAGAGAUUACAGUUUGGUCCUAUCUUAGAAGUCCCGGUCAGCAGUAUAGAGGGUGGAGAGGUGCUGAAUGAAGUGUUUGAUGAGUCAUCUGUUUCCACCACUUCCUGGAUCAAAAACUAUGGCACAGAGUAUCAAGUUGGGAUGUAUGUGAUAACUGGAGU